GACACUUUCAAGGGUCGCCUGAUACUACGUUUUGAUGAUACAAAUCCAGCUAAAGAAUGCACUGAAUUUGAGCAAGCUAUAUUAGAUGAUCUUCCUCGGCUUGGUGUUCGAUGGGACGUUCUUUCGCACACCUCCGAUCACUUCGAUAGUCUACUAGAAUUCUGUGAUAUUCUACUUCAAAAAGGUCUGGCUUACGUAGAUGACACUGAUCCGGAGCUUAUGAAAGCACAACGUGAACGGAGAGAGGCCAGUAUCUGUCGUGAUAACAGUAUGUCUUAA